AUGCAAUCGAUCGGAAUCCUCUGCGACUCUGCGCUGCCGAUUCAAGAUUCGGCAAACUGUCAAAUGCCGGAUGGGCUUCCAUCUACUCUCGGCCUCGUUGGGGUCGGUACUAUAGGCUCUUCCUUGAUUCGUGGCAUCUUGGCCCCGGGCGGCAGCUUGUCAACACCCCCAAGGGUGGUUCUCUCGCCCAGAGGUGCUGCAAAGGCGGCAGAGCUUGCGCGAGACUUCCCGAGCCAUGUUGUCGUGGCUAAGAGCAAUCAGGAGGUCGUCGAUGUGGCAGACUGUGUCAUCAUCGCAGUGCUCUUCAAGCAGGUGGAAGAGGUCAUGAAGGGCCUCGCUUUCCGAGAAGGGCAGAAGGUCGUCACACUGGUCGCUGGACUCCUGCCAAAGCGUCUGCAGGAGCUCUCUUCCCCAGCAUCAGAUUGUGUCAGUGCGAUCCCGCUUCCAGCAGUGGCCAGGCGCGCUGGUUCCACCUUGCUCAC